GAGCGCGCUCCUAACGGCCGCGGGGAUGGCGGACGAGGGAGCGGUAACGGUCUGCGUGCGUGUGCGGCCGCUGAUCGCCAGGGAAAAUGCCCUGGAAGAUAAAUUGUCACUGUACUGGAAAAGUGAAAACAAUACUAUUGCAGAAGUGAAUGGUACAAAGGUCUUCAAUUAUGAUCGUGUCUUUCACUCAAGUGACAAUACUCAACAAUUGUAUGAAGGUGUAGCUGUUCCAAUUGUACAAUCAGCAGUUCAGGGAUACAAUGGCACAAUUUUUGCCUAUGGGCAGACUGCUUCAGGGAAGACAUAUACAAUGAUGGGAAAUGAUGAUUCUGUGGGCAUUAUCCCUAAGGCAAUUCAGCAUGUUUUCAAAAUUAUUUGUGAGAUUCCAGACAGGGAAUUUUUGCUAAGAGUUUCUUAUAUGGAAAUCUACAAUGAAACCAUUACGGAUCUGCUUUGUGAUAUCAGGAAGAAGAAACCUCUAGGAAUUCGUGAGGAUGUUAAUAGGAAUACGUAUGUAGAAGAUCUCAUUGAAGAAGUGGUAGUUUCCCCAGAGCAAGUUAUGGAAUGGAUCAGAAAAGGGGAAAAGAACCGACAUUAUGGAGAAACAAAAAUGAAUGAACACAGCAGCCGUUCUCACACUAUCUUCAGAAUGAUCAUAGAGAGCAGAGAAAGAAGUGACCCUGCAAAUGCAAAUUGUGAUGGAGCAGUAAUGGUAUCUCAUUUGAACUUGGUAGAUCUGGCAGGGAGUGAAAGAGCUAGUCAAACAGGAUCUGAAGGUCUCCGAUUGAAAGAAGGCUGCAAUAUAAACCGAAGCUUGUUCAUUCUGGGUCAAGUAAUCAAGAAACUUUGUGAUGACCCUUCUGGCUUCAUAAAUUACAGAGACAGCAAACUGACUCGAAUUCUGCAGAACUCCCUGGGAGGAAAUGCUAAGACGGUUAUUAUUUGUACAAUUACUCCUGUUUCUUUUGAUGAAACACUCAGCACUCUUCAGUUUGCCAAUACAGCCAAAAGAAUGAAAAACACCCCAAAAGUCAAUGAAGUGCUCGAUGAUGAYGCUCUCUUGAAGAGAUAUCGCAAAGAAAUUCUGGAUUUGAAAAAGCAGCUAGAGGAAGUUUCCUCAAAAACUCAAAUCCAUGCAAUGGAGAAAGAUCAAUUAGCACAACUAUUGGAAGAAAAAAAUUCUCUUCAAAAAGUACAGGAGGAUAGAAUAAGGAACUUAACUGAAAUGUUAGUGACUUCUGCCUCAUUUUCUUCAAAGCAGAAUGCUAAAGCCAAAAGAAGAAGAAGGGUUACCUGGGCUCCUGGUAAAAUAAACCAGGAGAACAUGAGCUAUUUUGAAGACUUUGAAAAGCUAAAACCAACUGAAAAAAAAAUGAAAAUGUCUCUGUCAGCAUUACCAGACAUGGAGGAYUCUACAAUUUCAGAGAAUUUUGAAAGUGAUAACCAGUGGCUAACUGUUCCUGAUCAAAUUUCUGAAGUAGAAUGGACUGCUGGACAAAACAUGAACUGGACUCAUAGAGACUUUGAAGAAUCUGUACAACUCUGUGAAGCAUUGGCAUUAGAAAAGGAUAUUGCUUUAAAUGAGGUCAAUGCCCUCCAAGCCAACUUUAAUAACCUAGUAUUGGAAAAUGAACAACUAAAAUCAGAAGUAAAUGAAUUGAAGGAAAAACUGAAGGAUAAAAUAGAAAUGGAUGAAUUUGAAGUACUGGAAAAACAAACACAAAAAGAUCAUGAGAUACAGCUAAUGCAUGAAAUUACCAACUUAAAGAAUAUAGUUUCAAAUGCAGAAGUGUACAAUGAGGAACUUGAGGCAGAAAUAAAAUCUAAAUUGGAACAGCUGAAAGAGAAAGAGAACAAAAUAAAGAUGCUACAGAAUCGUGUGGAAGAACUGCAGAAAGCAGGACUGGAAAAAAAGGAUGCAUCUUUUUCAGUGAAAGAUUCUGAUAAACUAAUUGAGGAAAUUGAACAACUGAAGAAGUCCCUACUUGAUAGUGAAAUGAUAACUUUAGAUGCAAAGAAAGAAUCUGCCUUUCUCAGAACUGAAAAUUCUGAGCUGAAGGAGAAGAUGCAUGAACUCCAAGAUACUUACCAGCAGAUGCAAAAGGAUGUUCAAGUGUAUCAAAGCCAAAUAGAAGCAGGGAAAACCAGUUACAAAAAAAUGCAAGCUGACUUGCAGAAAGAGUUGCAGUCUGUAUUCCAAGAAAACACAAGGCUGAMCUUGCUGAUGGAGGGUAAAGUUCCUAAAGACUUGCGCUGUCUUGUGGAGCUGGAAAAAAAUGCAGGUGAUUUAAGAACAGAGCUAGAAAAAGCACUAGAAGAGAACACACAUCUACAAAAACAAGUAAAUGAGCUGUCAGAAUUGCAGUCUUUGCCAAAUACAGUGGAGUUGCAAAAAAAGGAGUUACUUGAAAAAUCUGAGGAGCUACACUUAUUAAAACUGGAAAGAGAAAAGCUGCUUUCUGAAGUAGCUGAUAAAGAAGUUAAAUUCAAACAUAUGGCUGAAGAAAUUGAAAAAUCAAAAGAAGAUCUAGCAGGUGCACAGCUCAAGUCUGUAAAAUCUGAUCAGGAGUAUGUAGCACUUAAACAGCUCCAUGAAGAACUAGAGCAAAAACAUGUGACUGCAUUAGAGGAUAAUGAACAAAUGAAGCUCCAAAUAGAAAUUCUGUCUAAGGAAGUACAAGAGUCUAAAACAGCUUUGGAUGAUGUGAAAUUAGAGCUUUCCAGGAAAAUGAAAGAAUUAGAAGAAAAGACAGAGGAAUGCAAGGAACUUGACCAAGUAAGAGAAGAUCUUAUUCAGACUCAGCAGAGGUUAAAUGAAAUGGAGCAAUUGAAAGAGCAAGGGAAGAUUACAGAGUCUAGAUUGGAAGCCAAGGAUUCAGAAAUUCAGGCAGUUCUUCAGCAGCUCAGUGAAUGUCGGGAAGAAAUUAAGAUCCUCGCCCAGGAAAGGGAUUCCCUAAAGCAGAAAGGAGAAAUCCUCCAAGCGGAGGCAGACCAACUCAAAGAAGAUAUAAAGGAGACUGUUUCAAUGAACAUUCUGGCACACGAAGAACUGAGAAAUGCACAGAGUUCUCUCAAGAAAUCCCAGGACAUGAUUAAGAAAUUGGAGAAAAGUAUUUCUGAGAAAGAAGAUGAAAUUCUGAAUAUUGAAGAGGCACUAAGGAAAACUAUUAAUGAACUUGAAAUACAGUUGUCACAGAAGACUGAAGAAAUAAAAACCAUCACAUCAGAGCGAGACCAGUUUGCCAAAGGAAAAUUGGAAUGUACUAAAAAUGAGGGAAGUGAUGAGCUUCAGGUGCUAAAGGAACAAAUUUCUUCUCUUACACAAGAAAACAAUUCAUUGCAGAAUAAACUGGACAGCCUCCAUAUGAAGCAGAAAGAAUAUGAGGAGGGCACUUUGCCUCAGGAAAAAACUACUGACCAAGAAUUAUUACUCUUGAGAGAAGAACUGAUCCAGGCACAAAGCAAGUUACGUGUAAUGGAAGAAAUGAAAACCAGUGAAUGCCAAAGGGAAUCUGAAAAGAUGGGGAGAAUAAACUUAAUUCCAAAACUGCAUGACUGUCAGGACGUGAGCACUGCAACAGAUGGAGAUGAUAAUCUCAAAGUACAAUUUGAGAAUCUCCAAAAUGAGAGAGACCAGCUCAGGGAAACCAUACAGGAGAAAAUUAGCAUGAAUUCAGAGAUGCAGGAAGAGUUGAGAUGUGCUCAUAACUCUCUGAAGGAAUAUCAGGAGACAAUUGCAGAGCUGAAAGGAAGUAUUUCAGAGAAAGAAAGUCAAUUCCUAGUAAUGCAAGAAGCAUCGAGGGAAAAAACUGAUGAACUGCAGCAGCAGCUCACAGAAGUAACUGAAAACCUGUCUCGUGUCUCUUCUGAAUAUGACAAGCUACUGGCUGAAAAAGAGCAAACUGAACAAACAAUGAAGGAGCAUCUUUCUGAGCAACUUGAGAGAAUCACUUUMCUUAACCAAGAGAGAGAUGAACUUCAGCAAAUUGUAGAAAGCUUUAAAGUAGAAAGAGAUCAGUUAGAGGCAAAUUUUCAUGAAAGCAAAGAGAAAUGUAUGCGAACUCUGACAGAAAUGGAAAAUCUACAGGAAGAACUAAGGAAACAGAAAAAGCAAGCUGAUCUCCAGAAGAUCAUGCUAGUAGAAAGAGAAGAGAAACUGCAGAACACUGAGAAAAAGCUAAUAGAAGAAAUAGAUGAGCUGAAACAAAAGAUAGGCAAGUUGAAUCAAGAAUUGAACUUGGUAACUAAGGAAAGACACCAGCUGCUGGAUGAAAUGAGAGAAAAGGCUGAGAGUGACAGUAGUAAAYUUCAAGAACUGGAGAAACAGAGUUACGUAUUAGUACAGGAGAGAGAUGAGCUCCAGCAAAUGCUGGAACAUAUUCAGACAGAAAAGGACAAACUGGAGGUGAACCUACAUGAGAGUAUUGAGAAGGCCCUUGAAACUGAAAAGGAAUUGAAACAACAACAAGACCUAUUCAACAAGGAGAAAAGCAAAGCUGAAAAAAGAGAGGAACAAUUGCUGAAGGUUCAGAGGCGCUCAGAAAUUCUAGAGGACAGCCUCACAAACAAGAUCCAGCAGUUAACUGAGACACUGAAUACUGUAUCAUGUCAAAAAGACCAGUUAUUGGCUGAAAGAACUCAUCAUGAUUUCCAGCUUCAAGAACAGAUCUCAUCUAUUAAUCAAGAAAAAGAUGAGCUACAGAAACUUCUUCAGGAAGUCAAGGCUGAGCGGGACGGUCUCAAGAUAGAAUCGCAAAAAAAAUCUGAGAUGUUGAUUGAAACUACUGCCAAACUGGAUUGUGCUCUGAAUCAGCUGAAACAGAAAAACCUGCAUGACCUAUCAGUUCAGGUGAACACCCUUGACAGUGCAGAACAGACAUGUGAUGGCAGCCUGGAGGAAAAGAAAGUCAAAAUUAAGGAGCUUCUUGAGAAAUUUCCAGCYAUGGGGAAGAGAUAUGAAUGUCUCUCUACAAUGUCUUUUAAUCUAAAGAAUGAGCUGAAUAGUCAAAAAGCACUGAUAGCAGGGAUACUGACUCAGCUUUCAUCGGAGCAGAUUAAACAAGUCAAAAGACUUCAGACUGAAAAUGAGAAAAUAAAUGGUCAUCUGCAGAGUUUACUAAACAAAUUGAAGUUUCUUUUCAGUCGUGUUUGCUCGAAGAAGGGAGACUAUCAUACCAGUGUUAACAAGUAUGAAAUGGAAUUGCUAGAGGAAAAGAAAAAGCAAAAUGAGCUUCAAACUCAAAUUCAGUGUCUCRGGAAGUCUCGGUCGAACCAUGGAGAAACAUCUUCUCAAGGCUUAAAUGUCACAGAAUUGCCCCAGAACUUGCGCUUGGAUGCAGAGGAUCUUCUUAAAGAYGUAUCAGAAAUGGAAAGUGAACUCAUCUGCAUAGAGGCAGAGUUACAGCAUGAAGAAAGUGCUAGAAAAGAAAUGAUGCAAUUUUGGGAGGCUUUUUCAGGAGCUCGCUGUGAUGCAGAAGAACUUAAAGAUGGGUUGAGGAAAGAUAAUGAAAAGCUUUUACARUUCAUUAAUUUCUGGACUCCUAAAGUAAAGGUACUCCUUCAGCUUUCCUCAGAACUAGAUGCUAAAUCUGCCGAUUACUGUAAAAGAGCUGAUGGUGAACGUAAACUAAGCAAAGAGAAAACAGAAGAGUUGCUUCAGGAGCUGAACAACACUAAAGGACAACUGGCACCUGGUGCCUCUGCUAGUCUCCUCUUAGAAGAGGAAAACUAUAGACUUCUUAACAAAUUGAAGGCUACGGAAGAAGAUAUGAAGGCUAUGGAACUAAAAAUCCAAAAGCUGGAAAAUAUAAUAAAUGAAGCAGGAAAAAAUGCCCAAGAGAAGGAUGACAGGAUCAACAAGUUAGAAGAACAGAUCAAAAGGAAAACGGCUACAAGCGAGCUCACUCAACUUCAGGCCAUGCUAAAUGAGAAAGAGAAGUGCCUCAGAAAUGCUUUAACAGAGAAGCAAAGUCUCCAGGCAAAACUAGAUAAAGGUGCUGAGCCGUAUAAAGAAGAAAUUGAUCAUCUCAAAAUGCAGUUGGUAAAAUAUGAUAUGGAAAGAAUGAAACAAUCCAACUGCUUUGAUAAGAAGCUUGCUAAUUAUAAAGCUCUUGUGGAAGACCAGGAAGAACAGUUGAGAAAACUAAAAGAAGAACUUCGAAGAGCACGGCAAGAGCAAGAUGUUACAGUGGUCUCGGAAAAAGAAUCUCCUCAGCAACCGCAAAUGCCUCUUACUUGUGGUGGUGGCAGUGGGAUUGUGCAGAGCACCCAGAUGCUUGUUUUAAAAUCUGAACAAGCUAAACUACAGAAAGAAAACYUGCAACUGAAGAAACAAAAUGAUCUCCUGGUAAGUAAUGAAGUUCAACUGAAAGAAGAACUUAGAAAAUGGAAAGAAAGAGCACUAAAACUAAAAGAACGAUCCUCAAGAGAAACUGCUCAGGAGACAAUCCCGAGGUCUCCAAGGAAAAUGACACAAAUUAGCUCUCUCAAAGAGCAAAUGCCUUCUCCUGCCAAGGAACCUCGUUCUCAGGAAAGUGUGACUCGGGACACAUCAAAGACACUACCGCUGACUUAUCCAACAAAUUUCUUYGAUAAUUCCAACUUAGUUGUACCAACAGAUACACAAUCUGCAGGAAUAGAGCCUACAGAGGAACAUCUUAGGCACUGGUUUGGAACUUCAGAAGGAGAUAAAGCACCUGAUUGUACCACCCAGUAAAGAUGAUGUCUGUAAGCUGUCUCUACAGUGGCUAUACAGCCAUUAUCUGCAUACGCAGAAGAGGACUGCUUCAGGUUAAAAGCCGUCAUCCUCAUACACAUCUACUAGGCUCUGGUAGCAUAUAGAUAUCCCUUGCUUCUUGGAGCUGCUGCUUUCUAUGGCCAUAAAAACUGAAAUAAAAGCACAUAAAUGGAGAAACGGUAAUGCUGCCUGUAACCUGUUCAUGCUGUGGUGGUUCUACCUUGGUCAUUUUACCAUUUGGAUAGCAAAGGUAGCAAAAGCUAUAUUCUGAAGAAAAGAUGGAAAAGGAUUGUGAAAAAUAAUCUACUGUGAAACUUCUCUGCCUUAAACUUUGUAUUUUGUCAUUCAUACAGCUCUUGAGCUGUUAAUUUUUGUACCUGAAUAGUGUUGAAAUGAACAGAUCUCUUCUCAACUUUUUUUGUUCCAGAUCCAUUUUUGCAUCAUGUUUUUGUAGGGCCCUGGGAGUGGUGUUUUCACCACAACUCUAACCUCUGUAUUUGUACAUUGCCAUUGAAACUAUUGUUUUUUUGUUCAUAGGGCACACAAUCAAAGUUUGAUCUUUAGAAAUCUUUACUUCAGCAGCUCUGUCAAUUAUAGUGMCAAGAAUAACUGUAUUUUGCAUCAUAUUGAAAUAUACUUCCAGUUCUUGUGUGGAGUUGGAUAUCUGAUUUUUUUUAACAAUAUUUCAUGGAACUGACUGACAGGUUUCUUGCUUACUUAGAGAGGCAGAAACCAACUGUGGACAACUUGGGCUUCAAAAAAGACUUCAUUUUACUAUCAUACUUAUCCACAAUGUGAGRCUUAUUUUUUUAUUUUCUGUAUGAGAAGGCUUGUUUGAUAAUAAACUUGAAUGUGGUAAUUAUUAAAAAA